UCCAACCUCCACAUCAAGCAUACCCCCAGAAAUGACUAGCAGCUCAGUCGUGGAAAUAAUUAUUUCCAAUCGUCAAAAUAUCGAUGCCUGGGGUGUUUAUCAUACAAUCUAUACGCGUCAUUCCCAGGCUCCGAUGAACCAAAAACGAGGGUCCGCUGUAUGGGGAGUGUAUACGUAGGCCCGAUCAGCUGGCGCCUGUUCCUCUCGAUUAUCGGGGUAUUUAAACCAUAUGCCGUGGAAGGACAGUAUCAUGCGGCAUUAAUCCAGAACACAAGAAACGAUCUCGUUUAUACUGUCUAUUCCCGCAGCCACCAUGUCGCUCCCAUCCGGCGUCGAAAUCUCAAACGACUGCCUAAGCGCAUACAAAAGCCUCAUCUUCAAACGCGGCCCCGCAAAACCAACCUUCAUCAUCUACCGCAUCUCCUCCGACGAACAGUCCAUCAUCGUGGAAGAGACCUCCACCGAGAAGGACUACGAGGUGUUCCGCCAGAAGCUUACUUCCGCUGUUGAUGCCGAGGGUCAGCAGGCACCGCGCUAUGCGGUUUAUGAUGUUGAGUAUGACUUGAAGGAGGAGGGGCGACGGGCGACUAGUGUUUUUAUCACUUGGAUGCCGGGUUCGACUUCAACCAGGACCCGUAUGCUCUACGCCUCGACCAAGGAGCAGCUCCGACGCGCCCUCGAUGUCAAGGUCUCCAUCCACGCGGAUGAUGCUCACGAUAUUGAAUGGAAGGCUAUCAUGAGCCAGGUGCUGGGUAGGCGGAUUUAGCUUUGUUUAUGCAUACAGCUUGAAGUAGGUUAGCCUAACACAGUAUAAACAAUCCAUGCCAUAUUCUGUCUACAAACUGACGAAUUAUUGAAUCGAUAUCAAUUCGAGUCUCCCGAAGUGACAACCGGCUAAUAGUUACUUUGCUAAGUU